AUGUGGAAGCUGAAGAUCGCGGAGGGAGAGACUCCAUGGCUUCGGACACUCAACAAUCAUUGUGGAAGACAGGUCUGGGAGUUCGAUCCUACGCUUCAAUCACCGCAAAAACUCCUCCAAAUCGAAGAGGCUCGCCACAAUUUCUCCCAGAAUCGCUUCACUCAGAAACAGAGCUCCGAUUUACUUAUGCGCAUGCAGUUUGCGGAAGAGAAUCCGAUGCAUGAAAUCUUACCCAAAGUCGAAGUGCAAGACGCGGGAGAUGUAACCGAAGAGGUUGUGACUAGAACGUUAAGAAGAGCAACGAGUUUCCUUUCAACUCUUCAGAGUGACGAUGGACACUGGCCAGGUGAUUACGGAGGUCCCAUGUUUAUGAUUCCUUCCUUGGUAAUUGCUCUGUAUAUCAGUGGAGCACUGAAUUCAGUCUUAACAGAAGAACAUAGAAAGGAAAUUAGGCGUUUCAUCUAUAAUCAUCAAAACGAGGAUGGUGGGUGGGGUUUGCAUAUUGAAGGUUCAAGCACAAUGUUUGGGUCUGUUUUGAGUUAUGUUGUUCUGAGAUUGCUUGGUGAAGGAGGCAGUGGUGGAAAAGGGAAAAUGGAGAAGGCACUUGUGUGGAUCCGAAAGCAUGGUGGGGCUACUUUUAUCACAUCGUGGGGGAAGACGUGGCUUUCAGUACUUGGAGUUUAUGAAUGGUCAGGAAAUAAUCCCAUGCCCCCUGAGACAUGGCUCCUUCCAUAUAUGCUUCCAUUUCAUCCAGGCAGGAUGUGGAAUCACUGCCGGAUGGUAUAUUUGCCAAUGUCGUAUUUAUAUGCGAAGAGGUUUGUUGGUCCAAUCACACCUGUCAUUUUAUCUUUGAGAAAAGAACUUUACACCAUACCAUAUCGACAUAUAAACUGGGAUCAAGCUCGUAAUUUGUGUGCAAAGGAAGACUUGUACUACCCUCACUCACUUGUGCAGGAUAUUCUCUGGGCUACCCUACACAACAUCCUUGAGCCUAUUUUGAUGCAUUUUCCAGGCAAUAAGUUGAGAGAAAAGGCUCUUAGGAAUGUAAUGGAGCGUAUACACUAUGAAGAUGAGACUACUCGUUAUAUUUGCUUAGGUCCUGUAAACAAGGUGUUAAAUAUGCUGUGUUGUUGGGUUGAAGAUCCAAAUUCUGAGUCCUUCAAGUUGCAUCUUCCAAGGAUUCAUGAUUAUCUAUGGAUUGCUGAAGAUGGCCUCAAAAUGAAGGGAUACAAUGGAUGUCAACUAUGGGAUACUGCAUUCAUUGUCCAAGCAAUUAUUUCAACUAACCUAGCAGAGGAAUACGGUCCAACCCUAAGGAAAGCUCAUGCAUUCAUCAAGAAUUCGCAGAUUUUGGAAGACUGUCCAGGUGAUCCAAAUAAAUGGUUUCGUCAUAUUUCAAAAGGUGGUUGGCCUUUUUCCACUGCAGAUAAUGGAUGGAUAACUUCUGAUUGCACUGCUGAAGCACUAAAAGCUGUUCUCUUGCUGUCCAACAUAGCACCAGGGAUUGUUGGUGAGGCAUUGGAUGCAGAGCGAUUAUACGAUGCAGUAAAUAUCAUUCUCUCGUUACAGAAUGAAGAUGGCGGUUUUCCGACGUAUGAACUCACACGAUCUUAUAACUGGAUGGAGAUAAUGAAUCCUUCUGAAACAUUUGGAGACAUAAUUAUCGAUUAUCCUUACGUGGAAUGUACCUCAGCAGCUAUUGAAGCUUUGACAUUAUUUAGGAAAUGUUAUCCUGGGCAUCGUGGACAAGAAAUACAAGUCUGUAUCGAAAAAGCUGUUGGCUUUCUUCAAAAAAUACAAGCUUCAGAUGGCUCAUGGUAUGGUUCGUGGGGAAUUUGCUUCACUUAUGGAACAUGGUUUGGAGUAAAAGGGUUGGUCUCGGGUGGAAGGAGUUUCAGUAACUGCUCAAACAUUCGUAAAGCUUGUGACUUUUUGCUGUCCAAACAACUCCCUUCUGGUGGCUGGGGAGAGAGUUAUCUGUCCUGUCAAAACAAGGUAUAUACAAAUCUGGAAGGUAACAAGGGUCAUGUAGUAAACACUGGGUGGGCUAUGCUGGCUCUCAUUUAUGCUGGACAGGGUGAGAGAGAUCCCACACCACUGCACAAAGCUGCUGUGUACCUGAUAAAUUCUCAGAUGGAGAAUGGUGACUAUCCACAACAGCCUACAGAAACAUAUUUCCGAUAUGGGCCUUAG